UCAAUGUUAAGUAACACUAAACCCUCAGUGUCUCGCUGCUGCUCAGAGCCUCACCUCCAAACCCGAAGUCUCCCCUGAACAAGUGCCACCACCUAAGAUUAGCAUUUGCUAACAGACCACAUCAAUGGCACCCAAGAAGAAAAGUUCAAGGAAAAACAAAAGCGAUAAGAAUGAAUUAGCCAACAUAAACAUCGUUAACAUUGAUGAGAAAACCAUUGACAUCGAUCACCUGAACCACCUUAACACUCUCUACGACAGUGGAUCCAAUGGCUUCCGAUGCACUGCUACAGAGGUCUCCAACCCCAGCCAUGGCUCCAACCUCCUGGAGGAGAUCAACAAGAUGCGACAGGAGAGAUUCCUGUCGGAUCUCAACCUGGUCACCAAAACCAAAUCCUUUGAAGUGCACAAAGUAGUCAUGGCUGCUUGUAGUGAUUAUUUCCGUAGUAUGUUGAAGAAAGAUCCAUCCAUCAAGUGUGUAGAUGUCAAUGACGUGUCUCCUUUAGGCUUGGCCACUGCUAUCACCUACGCCUACAGAGGGACUCUCAGUCUGUCUCUUUAUACCAUUGGAUGCACCAUCGCUACCGCCACCCAAUUCAAAAUGCACACUCUGAUCAACAUGUGCUCCGACUUCCUCGUCCGAGAAAUGAACGUGGAAAACUGCAUGUACAUCUCGAACAUCGCCGGCACCUAUGGGCUCAACCAAGUCAAAGAAUCGGCCAGGAAAUUCAUCCGCGAGAACUUCUUGGAGUUUGCAGAAACCGACCAGUUCAUGAAACUGACCCACAAUCAGAUGAACGACUUGUUGAUGGACGAUAGCUUGCAGCUGCCCUCUGAGCUCACCGCUUUCCAAAUGGCCAUGAAGUGGUUGGAGUUUGACACCAAGAGGGUAAAGCACGCGGCUGAUCUGUUGAGCAACAUCAGAUUCGGUACGAUUUCAGCCCAUGAUUUGGUCAGUUAUGUCCAGCCUAUCCCACGGAUGAUGCAAGAUCCAGACUGCCAUAGGCUUCUUGUUGAUGCUAUGAACUACCACCUUCUGCCUUACCAUCAGAACUCAAUGCAGUCGAGAAGAACGAAACUCAGGGGAGGACAAAAGGUCCUGGUAACAGUGGGCGGCCGGCCAGCCUUGACUGAAAAGGCUUUGAGCAGAGAGAUCUUGUACCGAGACCCCGAGAAUGGAUGGAACAAGUUGGCAGAAAUGCCAGCCAAGAGCUUCAACCAGUGUGUGGUGGUGAUGGAUGGGUUUCUGUACGUGGCUGGAGGAGAAGAUCAAAAUGAUGCCCGAAACCAAGCCAAACAUGCUGUCAGUAACUUAAGCAGAUACGACCCUCGUUUCAACACCUGGUUCCACCUGGCCGGCCUGCUCCAGAAGCGAACACACUUCAGCAUGUGCGUGUACAACGGGCUUCUCUUUGCCAUCGGAGGCCGCAACGCGGAAGGUUCCCUGGCUUCCAUGGAGUGCUACAUUCCGUCCGUCAAUCAAUGGCAGACGAAAGCUUCCAUGGACAUCGCCCGGUGCUGUCAUUCGGCUUCGGUGAUCGACGGCAAGAUCCUGGCGACGGGCGGUUACAUCAACAAUGGCUACUCUCGCACCGUGUGCAGCUACGACCCCGCAAUAGACACGUGGAGGGAAUGCGCCAACCUGAGCACACCCCGAGGGUGGCACUGUACAGUCACCCUGGAAGACCGUGCGUACGUGAUGGGCGGGAGCCAGCUGGGCCCGCAUGGCGAGAGGGUCGACGUGAUACCGGUCGAAAGUUACAACCCUCACACGGGCCAGUGGAGCUACGUAGCUCCUCUGCCCAUCGGGGUCAGCACGGCCGGGGUCACUACCCUCGGGGGGAGAGUCUAUCUGGCCGGGGGCUGGAACGAGAGCGUGAAGAAGUACAAGAGUUGCAUUCAGACCUACAACCCGGAGCUGAACGAAUGGACGGACGAGGACGAGCUCCCAGAGGCCACCGUCGGCGUUUCCUGCUGCACCAUCAUGUUACCCAGCAACAAGCUUCGGGAAUCCAGAGCCAGCUCCGUGGCAUCGGCGCCCGUCAGCAUCUAAACAGCGAAGCGUGAAGAUAACAAGGCCUUUAUAUGGCCAGCGCUGAAGGGUAGUCCAGGAAUCUGAAACAGCAGCACAGCUCUGCAAUAUAAUAAUAAUAAUAAUAAUUUGGUCACUCAAUCCACGAUUGUUUGUGGGACGCUGCUGUGUGCAAUCGGCUGCCACGUUUCACCCACAAAAUAUACAGUCAAUGCACUUUAGGGUAUAUUCCGUGAAGCGCUUUGAAACGUCUCGAAGACGUGAUAAGGCCCUGUGACAAAUGCAAGGAUUAUUAUUAUUAUUAUUAUGUGUCAGUUCACCAUCAUCAAUUCCCACCUGGUUCUAGGUUUACUUUAUUUUGCAGCGUCCUGAAUUUCAAAAAUUGUCAAAUCAGUCUUAACCCAGAAAUUGUUUUUCUGUGGUUAAUGAAAUAACUUCUAAAAAACUGGUUUCAAAGUUCAGGCUGUGUUUAGGAAUCUGCGAAGAAAGCAACUCUAGACAUUUUAAAAUGCUACAUAAAUCUAGACCCAGGUAGAAUUUCUCCCCUAUUAAUUCCCCUGUUAAGCCAGCUUCAUAGAUUCAUACAACUAAAUACAGUUUCUCCCAUUGGUGGUGUGAAUUGGCUGCUUAUAACACAGUGUGUGUGUAUAUUACAGUGUACACACACACACUCACAACAACAAAUUACAUUUUAUAGCGCCUUUCACGUCGGGAGGACAUCCCAAAGCGCUGGACAGUCAGGGAUUCGAUAAUACUUCCUUGGCAAUCCCGCCCCCCCCCCACCUUUAAUUCGAUGAAAAUCAAACUAUGGUUUGGAACAUUAAAUCAAGCCAAUAAAUACAAAUUGAACAUGUUUAAAAUCUGUGAUGUUUCCCCAAUAAGAUUACUGCAAACUAGUGACUCUGCUGUGCAUGUAUGAGGACAGGGAAUGGCUGUUGAUUGCCCUGUGAUUAAAUAGCUGCUGUCACUCACUAUCAAUGAAUAAGUCACUUGGGUUCAAUCUAAAACAAUCCCAGGAAUCGUACACAAGUUGAAGAGAAAAAAGCAAAUGAACACCCUCGGUCGUGGAAAACAAUUGACGAGAGGGAAAAUAAAGUGAGUUAUUUCUGAUAUAUCUCACUGUAAAAUGUGAAACUCAAAUUGAAACCGAGCAUUUAGCUUGCCUUGAGAUUUAUUUCAUAAAAUGAUGCGAAAUGUAUUUUCCAAAUCGAAGGAAAACACGUAGAAAGAAAUUAUCGUGGAAAUGAAUUCGACGACUUGUAACUGAAUUGCUAAUUCAUUUUUUUAUAUGUAAAGGAGACCUGCCUGGAAAAGAUCAGAAGUUUUACUAAAUUGACAGUAAAUUCGAUGGAAUCGGUUGAAUAGCGAGAUGUGAGAAAGGUUCUUUAAGGAGUUAAGAUGAAUGGUAACAGAGAAAAGGGAAGGAACGGAACAAUGGAAAAUAACUCCAGGAAUUUUUGCAAAGAUUUGUCUAUAAGAGGGUGAAAUGGAAUAGGGCUACAGAUCUACAUCACUCCUGUAUGUGCUUAGUGAUUUAUCCAACACCCACUUUGCCUAAAAUUGGAAGAGGUGAGCGAGAGCGCUGAUCUCCACACUCUUUAUGUAACAGAGGCAAAGUUUCCUCGGCUAAUGGCUAAAUGUAAUGACUGAAGUUUUAUGGAUAACAGAGAAAGUACAAUGUAGAAGGACUGUUGGGUUUAACAAAUUGCAUUCGUCCAUUGCGGAGAUUUUGGCAUUUUGUUGGAAAGGUCACUGACAUGAAGUCCCAAUUACUAAUUAUUUCAAAAUAAAAUGUAUAAAUAGUAAAACAAAAA